AUGAGAGAGACAUUCACCUUCCUUCGGCGAAUCCACCCUUGGAUCAUCCACGCACAGAUGGCAAAGCAUUAAGGCACAGCUCUCAAAGCGAUUGGUGGAUGAUCCAACGGUGGAUUCGCUCGCGCGAAGGAAGAUACACCCGCUAUCCGAGAGCUCGAGCCCUGGCUGUGAAGGAAGAAAAGGUUCGUGUGGCACGGGUGACGCGCCGGUUAUCUCUCACCAAUUUUGAUUUGCUCGACCUGAAACGGUGAAACCUCACCUAAAAGCGUUCUUCCUCCUCUUUGCUCUCUGAGAUCUUCUUCCCGGCUUCCCAUUCCGAGGCGUGCGAACGGCGGGUCGCUUUCAGUUUCCGCUCAUUCUCCUCCGGCGUAUAAAUAUCGGUCGAUUCCUUGCCCCAGAAGUCGUCGCUUGCCUCGGUCGAGGGAAGUCUUUGAACCCCUCUCUCGCUUUCGGGGACUUCGAAAGAUUGGUCUGGGACUGACGGGAUUUGGUAUACUUUUUUCAUUUUUGGGAAUCAUUUUCUUCUUUGACAAGGGACUGCUAGCAAUGGGGAAUAUUCUCUUCCUGUCAGGUGUCAUGUUAACCAUCGGACUGAAAUCCACCAUGCAAUUCUUCACCAAGCGUAAAAACUACAAGGGUACAAUCUCGUUUGGAUUUGGCUUCUUUCUGGUCCUGAUUGGCUGGCCUGUCUUUGGCAUGAUCUUGGAGUCGUAUGGUUUCAUUAUUCUUUUCAGUGGCUUCUGGCCGACUCUUGCAGUUUUCUUGCAAAAGAUUCCUGUGCUUGGUUGGCUAUUCCAACAGCCAUUUGUAACAUCGUUCUUUGAACGCUACAGAGGAAAACGUGUACCAGUUUAACAAGGAUCUUGUCGCUGCUUAUAGGGUGGAACCAUGCAGCACAAAGUUCUAAGAUGGCAGUCAGUUUUGUUAAACUUACUGUGUCUUGCUCUGUGUGGUAUCCCAUCGCAAGCCAGUUAUGUUUAUAGUUUAGCCGGCUCAUUCUUUGUAAGAUUGCCUGCUUCUUGGCUAUUGAAACGUGUUAUAGAAUUUGCAUGCCUCUACUGCCAGCCAUCCACAAAGUUUCAUGGUCUUGAUUGUAACUGCUUGACAUCUUCCUGCUUCAUGCAGGAAAGGUUAAAUCAGAAAAUGUCUUUGCCCCAGGAUAAAGUGGACUUUAAAGGCCUAUUUGGAGAAAAAUGGCGACUGGUCUC